GGCAUCCAUCUGGUGCGUGUAUCUCCUUGGAAGUGCCGUCUGCGGAUUGUGUUGCAUUCUGUUCCUGUCAGAAAGUAACCAGAGAGCCGAGUGGAGCAGCAGGCCUGCAGAGGAGAGCUAUAGCCAUGUCUUCCAGCUCAGCGAUGGUGCGGAUCCUGAUCAAGGGUGGCAAGGUGGUGAACGACGACUGUACCCAGGAGGCCGAUGUCUACAUUGAGAACGGCAUCAUUCAGCAGGUGGGGAAGGAGCUGAUGAUCCCAGGUGGAGCCAAAGUGAUCGAUGCCUCGGGUAAACUGGUCCUCCCCGGGGGCAUCGACACCAGCGUCCACCUGGAGGAGAGCUUCAUGAACGCCACCACGGCAGAUGACUUCUACAGCGGCACCAAGGCUGCUUUAGCUGGCGGUACAACAAUGGUGAUUGGACACGUUCUGCCAGAGAAGAAUGAGUCUAUGCUGGAAGCUUACGAGAAGUGCCGCAGCUCAGCGGACUCCAAAAGCUGCUGUGACUACGCUCUGCACGUGGGAGUUACUUGGUGGGGUCCCAAGGUGCGGGCUGAGAUGGAGAAGCUGGUGAGGGAGAAAGGAGUGAAUUCCUUUCAGAUGUUCAUGGCCUAUAAGGACAUGUACAUGCUGAGAGAUGGUGAGCUCUUCCAGGCCCUGCAGCACUGUAAGGACAUUGGCGCCAUAGCAAGGGUCCAUGCUGAGAAUGGAGAACUGGUGGCAGAGGGUGCAAAGGAAGCGUUGGACCUGGGCAUCAGUGGCCCGGAGGGGAUUGAAAUCAGCAGGCCUGAAGAGUUGGAAGCAGAAGCGACUCACAGGGCAAUUACCAUCGCCAACAGGGCCCACUGCCCAAUCUAUCUUGUCAGCGUGUCCAGUAUGUCUGCGGGAGAUGUAGUAGCUACAGCCAAGAUGCAGGGUAAGGUGGUUCACGGGGAAACCACCACAGCCCACUCUGUGUUGAACGGUAUGCAGUACUAUCAUCAGGACUGGUCCCAUGCUGCCGCCCAUGUUGUCGUGCCUCCUCUCCGCCUGGACCCCAGUACACCUAAUUUCCUGAUGAGCUUGCUGGGAAAUGACACUCUGAAUGUUGUGGGGUCCGACCACCGUCCUUUCACCAUUAAACAGAAAGCAAUGGGCAAGGAUGACUUCACAAAGAUCCCCCAUGGGGUUCCUGGCAUUCAGGACCGCAUGAGCGUCAUCUGGGAGAAAGGAGUGAUUGGAGGUAAAAUGGAUGAGAAUCGCUUUGUAGCAGUCACAAGCUCGAAUGCAGCCAAGAUUUACAACCUCUACCCCAGGAAAGGCAGGAUCAUCCCGGGAGCAGAUGCUGAUGUAGUGGUCUGGGACCCCGAGGGAUCCAAGACCAUUUCUGUGGAUAACCAGUUCCAGGGAGGAGAUAUGAACCUGUAUGAGGGUCUUCGUUGUCACGGUGUGCCCCUGGUCACCAUCAGCCGUGGGCGUCUGGUCUAUGAAAACGGCAUGUUUACAUGUGCUGAGGGCUCUGGAAAGUUUUGCCCACUGAGAACCUUCCCAGACUACCUUUACAAGAAGAUGGUUCAGAGAGAAAAGUGCCAGGCAGUGAAAGCUGUGGAGCGAGAACCCUACACAGGUGAUGUUGUCGCAGUGCCGAACUCAGGAAAGAGGGACUUUGGGGUUCAAGAUGUGGACACUCCGACACGCCCCUGCACCCGACACGGAGGUAUGAGAGACCUGCAGGAAUCCAGCUUCAGCCUGUCUGGUGCCCAGAUUGAUGACAACAUUCCAAAGAGAUCCUCGGCCAGGAUCCUCGCUCCACCCGGAGGAAGAUCCAGCGGGAUCUGGUAACUAGUGAGACGGCUGUUACAUGAAGCGGAAGAAUGACACCUGAAGAGAAACAUAUAGCCAAGCACUUGUUUUUUUCGUUCUGGAAGCUUAGAAUAUGUGUGGGGUAAAGGAGUCAUGUUUUCAUUUUGAACUCAGCACAGUUAUUUAGGACUGUAAGUGUAUGACAUUGAAAUAAUAAAAUUUGAAUGUGGGUCAAGGAAAAUUUUUUGUUAAGUGGUUAUACCUUCCAAAUUUCAGUCACAAUGUUAACCAAAUAUAAGCAGCAGAUUUAAAUGAGUUGCCAAUGAAGUAUUCUGGCUAUUGGAUUGUGUUAGGGGAAAUAUGUUGUAUCUUACUCAUAGUUUUAGGAAUAUGAAGGUGAGUCAUGGUUUUGAUGAUGCGAUUGUGUUACCUCACUGUAAAAUACGAUUUUGCACUUGUAUCAUGUACUAUUUAGAUGCCUUUUUACAUCAUUUAACGUCACACAAAUGUCUUUUUACUGCGAGCCACGGUGAAUGAAAUGUAAUAAAUUAUUACAAGGGUGUCGGCAUGACAUUAAUAUGUCAGUUAUGAAAAAAAUUGUUGCAAUUGACCGAUCGAUGAAAAAUAUCAUAACGCAAGUUAACCUUUUAAAUGUUUGUUUAUUUAUUUUUUAUAUUGCAUUGUUUGUGCUAUUUUCCUUUGACACUACUGUUAGAAUUAAUUCCUGCAUACGACUGAGUUCUUUGCUCAGUAGUUCAUCAUAGUCAGAUUAGUAUUUUAUAUCAUGUUUACAGCCUUAUAGCAGAAUAGACUUCUGUUCCACCCCCACCAAAUGUGAAUGAACCUAUGCUGUGUGUAUUGUGCAUGGUAGCAUAGUUAGAACUACUGUAAUAAGCACUAAUAUUGCUCAUGUAACGCAGCAUUCUUUGUGAUCGUAUCCGUUUUCCACAGAGAGCAAAAAGUCUCACCCAAACUGCCUUUUUCUCACCUGAGAACACUGACACCCACAAACACAUUGUCCCAUACCGCCGCUACACAGACCGUGAACUCUGACAUGUUGAUCGAUGUUAUUUCUUUUAGAGUGGGCACUUUUUAACAACUUUGAUUCGUUCCGGUCUGAAACGGUGGGGUAUAUAAUGUUCCUCUGACUGACACUUCUGAUGUAACAUACCACUGUGAAGCAUAUAGCAGCUGAGGUGAUCCUCUUUAGCGUUCACGUUGAAGUUUAGCAGCAGAGAUGUACUGUAAGUCAAUUAAUGCCACUUCUUCAGGGGAUCAAAUGCCUUCAUCUGCCACUGAAAGCUCAGCAUCAUAACUGGAAGGCAUGCGUGUUUAGCAACUACAAAAAGCACUGAUACUUUCUACUACUGUAUAUUUAUUGUUUGUGUUUUAGUUACUGGAUUUUUCUUGUGAAUAAUUGUCCUAGAUUUUGUUUUUUGUUUUUUUUGUUUAAACUGCAGAGUAAGCAGGGAUGCACACAAGAUUUUGAUCAUGUUUAGACAAAGUUAUGUCCAGAAGAUCAUCAUGCUACAGUAAAAGUCCUUCAUUAUGUCCUUCAUUUUUUUUUUUUUUUUUUUUGGGAACAGAUUUCACUUUUGAUCCUGAGCUCCAGUGAAUCAUGUUGUGUCUUCCCCUUCCCAAACGUACACUGGUGCUGAACAAUGUGUCGUCACAUUGGGUUCCUUUAUCUGUUUUUUUUUCUUUUUCUUCUUGCAGCUCUUUAUCACAUGAUUUGAGUGCAAAUAAACCACAAUGAAAUCGCCACCUGAAUCCUGUGUCUAACUGCUACUUCACUACAUUUCAGAGGCAGAUUUUGUACUUUUUACUUCAUUACAUUUAUUUGACAGCUAUAGUUACUAGUUACUUUUCAGGGCUGAAGAGAAAACUCCAAUAUUUCACUAAAAAAGCAAGUAAACAAAUACCAAUGAGAGAAACUGAACCUUCUUUUUUCUUUGUUCCAACACACUCCAACCACUCAGAUUUAUCUUGUGACCAGUUGGAGGGGAUCCCUGCCAAACUGUAUGUCAUGUAGUUCAAACAAAGUAAAACUUAUGCAUUGAUGCAUCAGCAUUACAAUCUAAUAAUGUAAUAAACAACAAUUCAUAUCUCAAAAGGGACAUUUUCCUGCAGAAUGGGUCAUUUUACUUUUGAUGCUUUGAGAAUAUUCUGUACUUGCACUUAAGCAGGAUUUUUAAAUGCACUUGUACUGGAGUAUUUUUACAUUGUUUUAGUAGCACUUUUACUUUAGUAAAGGUUCUGAAUAAUUCUUCCACUACUGUUGCUGACAUCCAGCAGCAGAUAAAACAUUAACAUUAAGUAUUUUUGUGUAGCCUGAACUCUCUAAAACCUUAGUUACUAGCAGGCCUAAAAUCCAACCACACACAUCAUGUGUCUCUUAGCUGGUACAGGCCAAAGUCCUAUUUAUAAUGAACCUUUAACAGCAUGGAGUCGGACGCAUGCGCAGACAGAGCUGGAUUGUUGCAGCUGGUGAUGGGGGAAACAAAGCUUUCUGAACCACUGAAUCAAGCAAUUGCAUUGAAAAUGGUUCACUGUUUAAAAGCAUUUGAUAGUCAAAAUGGCGACAUCUGCUGGGCUACUAUUGGUAUUACACUUACAUGGCUGAAUUAAAUGUGAGACUGAAAUAAAGUUAGUCAGAUUAUAAGUGUUUUUACUGUUUUUUUAUUGUAAGUUUGUUCAUUAAAGUCUAUAUUAUUAAAACAGAUCACUUUCAAACAGAGCCCACAGCUUUGUUGUUUUGAUAUUGUGCCAGAUUGGGAAGCACACCCCUGCGUCCAAAACCAGCGCUUACAGUGACAAAUGCUGCUCUUUAUCUGUGAGGAUUAGCUGAUUGCAUGAGAUUGUUACACAGUUAUUUAUAGCAUGGCAGUGGGAUAGGGAUAAUGAAACCACCAGUGUGGUGUUUGUCUGCUGAUUUACCCGUUUUGAUGAUGUCUUGUUUUCUUUUUGGGUUUACACAAAAUACUUACAUCCUUAAAUACACCAGUUGAGGUUUUAGUUGUAAAAAGAACUUUGUUUCAGCAUUGUGUAAAAUAGUAAAAUUGUUUUUACAAAGUGGUGUUGUUUUCAUGAAUUAUAAGAAAAAAAAGAGCAUGUCUUUCAAGAGUCCGCUGAUGAAGAACAGGGACAGCAACUCUCCCAACGUGCAUAAAGACUGGAAACAAUCUUUUAAGCAAAAAUACCAAAUAUUCAGUCGUUGUCAUUUCUCAAAUGCGAGAAUUUGAAGCUUUUCUGUCAUGAUAGUAAACUGAUAGUAAACUUUUUGGAUAACUGAUCUUAUACACAGGAGAGAAAUUAUAACAGGUAUUUU